AUGGGUACAAGAAUUUUAGAUCUUUUACAACUUCAAAAUUUAACAAAACGUGAUCCAUCUGCUUAUAAAGAGGAAUUUUUAUUACAAUACCAACAUUAUUUAACACAAUUACAAAUCUUUCAAUUAAAACCAACUAAAGAAUUUAAACAUUUUUCUCAAUUAGUUAGUUAUUUAAGUCAUGUUUGUGUAUGUUAUCCAAAAGAAUUAUCAGAAUUUCCAAAACAAAUUUCAGAUUUAUUAGAAAAUAAUUGUAAUAAUUUAGAACCAGAAUUAAGAAGAAUUUUAGCAAAAAGUUUAAUUUUAAUGAGAAAUCGUAAUUUAUUACCACAAAUUCAAAUGUUAUCAUUAUUUUUCAAAUUAUUUAGAGUUCAUGAUAAACCACUUCGUUCAUUAUUAUAUUCACAUAUUGUUGCUGAUAUUAAAAAUACAAAUUUAAAACAAAAGAAUCAAAAAUUAAAUAGAACACUUCAAAAUUUCAUGUUUACAAUGAUGAAUGAUGAUUCUGAAAUUGCUUCAAAAAUGUCAUUAAAAGUUAUGAUAGAAUUAUUUAGAAAAAAGAUUUGGCACGAUACAAAGACUGUUAAUGUUAUUUCAAAUGGUGUAUUUUCAAAAAAUUCAAAGAUUUUAAUUACAACAUUAAAUUUCUUUUUACAUAUUGAUAAUCCAGAUAAACCAGAUGAAGAGGAAGAGGAUGAAGCAGUGAAAGAGAAGAGAGCAAAGGAUAACUUUAGAAAGAAAUCAUUGGCACAUCGUGUUGGUAAAAAGACAAAGGGUAGAAUAACACGUUUAGCAAAGAGUAAAGUUGAUUUAAAGAAAGCCAAACAAGAGGAGGACAAUAAGUUGCAACCAAAUUUCCCAGCAAUUGAGUUGAUUCACGACCCACAAGGAUACUGUGAUAAAUUAUUCAAUGUAUUGGUAAAGACAACUGAAAAGUUUGAGACUAGAAUUAUGAUAAUGAAUUUUAUAUCACGUUUAAUUUACGUUCAUAAAUUGAUGGUUUACAAUUUCUAUCCAUUCCUUCAAAAAUAUUUACAACCACAUCAAAAGAAUAUCACAUAUCUAUUGGCAGUGUUGGCACAGUCAUGUCAUGAAUUGGUUGAUCCGGAUGUAUUGAAACCAUUGGUUAUGACAAUCGCCAAAUAUUUCGUUAAUGAUGGUUGUGGUUCCGAUGUUAUUGCAAUUGGGUUAAAUACAAUUCGUUCAAUUUGUUCACGUUGUCCAUUAGCAAUUGAUACAGUGCUUUUAGCUGAUCUCAUUCAGUAUAGAGAAAAGAAAGAAAAAGGUGUUGCCAUGGCAAGUAAAAGUUUACUUCAAUUCUUUAAAGAUAAUUAUCCAUCAAUGUUACCAAAGAAAGAAAGAGGUAAAAAUAAAACUGAUAUUGGUUUAUUAGCUUUUGGUCAUCAAAAAGUUAGUCAAGGUAUUGACGGUUUAGAUUUAUUAAUGGAUGAAGAAUUAAAUGCAAGAUUAGACGCAAUUGAAGCUGGUGAAGAAUUUGAAUCUGAUGAUGAUUCUGAUUCUGAUUCUGAUGAUGAAGGUUGGGAAGAUGUUAAUACUACUACUGCUGAUGAUGAUAAUAAUUCUGAAUGGGUUUCUGAUGAUGAUGAUGAAGAAGGUGAAGAGGAUGAAGAGGUUGAGGAUGAAGAAGAUGAAGAAGAAGUAGAUGAAGAAGAAUUGGAAGAUGACGAAGAAGGAGAUUGGGAAUCAGGUGAAGAAAUUGAAGGUGAUGACGAUGAUGAUGAAGAAUGGGAAGAAGUUGAGGAAGAAGUUGAAGAAGAAGAAGAAGAAGAAAUUAAACCAACAAAGAAGAAAUCACAACAAAAAGAAAAAGUUGAAGUUUUAAGAACUGAUGAUAUUAAAGUUUUAACAGAUGAAGAAUUAAUUAGAAUUAGAAAAUUAAGAAUAUUAAAAGAAGCUAGAGAAAAUAAUAAACAAUAUGAAGAUAUGGAUCAAGAUGAUGAUGAAAAUGGUGAAAAUGUUCAUGGUUUAAUUAGACCAGAAGAUUUACAAGGUGCUCAUAAAAAGAAGAAAGAAGAGAAAUUGGAAAGAAUUGCAAGAGCAAAGGAGGGUAGAGAUGGUGGUUAUGGUAGUAAAGCAAGUAGAAGAGAUAAAACUGGUAAAUCCACUACAAAUGAAUACAAAGCAAAAGUCACCAAACCAUUCGUUCUCACUCUCAAAACUAAAAAAGUUAGAGGAAAAUCACUUAAAUCAUUUAGAGAUAAACAAAUUGGUCAAAGAGAACAUUCUGCCAGACAAAAAAGAGGUAGACAUUAA